AUGUCUCUUCGCAUUAUGAGCAUUGCUGAUGAUAAUCAUAAACUUGUAGAGAUUGAAAAAGUUCACGGCCGUGAACUAGACUUUGGAUAUCAUGUGUAUCCUCAGCUGUUUGGUUCCGUUAAUGGUUUAUUACUAAUAAGUCUUUCAAUAUCGUUGCGAGAUUUUAUAGUGUGGAAUCCAACUACCGGAGAGUUCAGAAAAAUCGACAGAAAAAUCUCGAAAGAGUCCAAAUACGAGGUAAUGUAUAUGGCUGGAAUUGGCUACAGCAGCUCGAAUGGCGACCAUUAUAAAAUUGUGGUAGCAGAAUCGUGUCGUUUACAAAAUAAUUCAAUUGAAGUUGAAAUUUAUGACCUGAAGAAAUCCUCAUGGAAGACAAAAAAAUGUGAUUUCCCUUACAAGUUUUUAUCAUUAUCAUUUGACACACCAGGUAUUACCCUCGCAAACGGAAUCCCAAAUUGGCAUUUUAAAAGGAUGAAUAAUGAUCGAAGUGUGAUUUUAUCUUUCGAUAUGGUAGACGAAAUAUUCAAAGAAAUUGAUCUACCAGAAUAUAUAUUUGAUUUUAAAUUUAUGUCUGCUUUGGAGGGAUGUCUUUGUAUAGGGAUCAGAAAUUAUAUUUCCGAUCCAUUAUGUGUGUGGAAGAUGAGUGAAUAUGGAAGAAGGAAAUCUUGGAUUAAAUUAGAAGUUGUUUUCUAUGGUAAAUUUAGGGAUGAUAUAUAUAUUAUGCCACUUGGAUUUCUUGGGAAGGGUCAAGUUAUAAUGAAUUAUGCUAGAGCAAGCAUAGUUACAGUCGAUGUUACUCAACCAGGAUAUAAGUUUAUUAUGCAGUCAAAGCAUGAUAAUAAUUAUACUGUAGCUGCAUUUGUCGAAACUCUUGUAUGCCCUAAUUAA